UAUUAAUGAUCUUUCUGAUUUCUUGGGGUCUGCUCAACUUCUCACUUGAUGAACAGUUGUGAUUUCAACCAAAAAUGCCAUAAACAACUCUGCUCAAAGCUCGAGUUCUGCAGCCAUCCGCGAACGACAACGUACGCCUUCGAUCAUCUUCGUUUGCAGCUGCCGCUGUCACCUCAAGGCUGCCUGGCUUCCAACAAGUUGGGGUUUUCUUUUGAGGAGGCAAAGUAAGCAAAGAGGCUUAGAGAAUGGAGGUUCAUGGCAAUAGCGGUAGUGGUAAUGGUGUGAGAACUUGGACAGAUAUGAAAGGCUUCGCCGUCCAAGUAAUCACUGGCCGGUGGCUCAUGUUGUUUGCCUCAUUCCUAAUGAUGGCUAGUGCCGGUGCAAGCUACAUGUUUGGCCUCUACUCAAACGACAUCAAGUCUGUCCUUGGCUACAGCCAAUCCACCCUCAACACCAUCAGUUUCUUCAAGGAUUUGGGGGCCAACAUCGGCAUCUUUUCCGGCCUAGUCAACGAGGUCACGCCGCCAUGGGUGGUCUUAUCAAUUGGUGCAGCAUUCAACUUUUUCGGAUACUUCAUGAUAUGGCUAGCCGUGGCCCAAAAAAUUGCCAAACCUCAAGUUUGGCACAUGUGCUUGUACAUCACAAUGGGGGCAAAUUCACAUACUUUCAUCAACACCGGAGCUCUAGUCACGUGUGUCAAAAACUUCCCAAGAAACCGCGGCCUCUUAAUCGGGCUUUUGGAAGGCUACAUAGGCCUAAGUGCAGCUGUAAUUGUGCAGAUAUACCAUGCUUUGUAUGGUAAUGACACAAAGUCCUUCACUUUGUUUGUGGCAUGGCUUCCCUCAGCUAUUUCUUUGAUAUUUCUUCGUACCAUUCGGAUAAUGAAGGUUAUACCGAAGAAGAAAUAUUCCAAGGUACUACAAAAAUUCUUUUUUAUUUCACUUGGACUGGCAGGGUACUUACUGAUCAUAAUCAUAGUAGAGCAAAAGGUGAAAUUCACACAAUUUGAGUACGGUGGGAGUGCAGCUGUUGUGCUUUUCUUGCUUUUUCUCCCACUUGCUGUUGUAGUUGCAGAAGAGUACACUUCUUGGAGGAAUAAGACAUCUUUAAGUACCGUAAACAUCGAAAUUUCAUCACCAGAUUCACCACCUGUGGAUCAAAUAAUUGUAAGCCAAAACAAGGAAAUGUUGAAGGUAAAAAAGCUUUCUUGUUGGGAAAAUAUAUUUAGUCCACCGGAGAUCGGACAAGACUAUACAAUCCUCCAAGCAAUAUUCAGCAUUGAGAUGUUAACUUUAUUUUUAACCACAUUGUGUGGCCUCGGAGGCAUGCUAACACUGAUGGACAAUUUGGGCCAGAUUGGAACUGCAUUAGGCUACUCUUUGGAAAGCAUAACCACUUUUGUUUCGCUCGCAAGCAUAUGGAUUUACCUUGGAGAAGUCAUGUUGGGUUUUCUCUCAGAAGUCUUUAUCACAAAAUACAAAAUCCCUAGGCCUCUUAUGUUCACUGUGUCCCUCUUGGUGUCCUGCAUUGGCCACCUUCUCAUUGCUUUCAACGUCCCAAAUGGUCUCUACGUAGCUUCAAUAAUCACAGGGUUUUGCUUCGGUGGACAAUGGCCGUUGAUUUUUGCAAUCACUUCCGAGGUUUUCGGGCUUAAGCAUUGCUCUACUUUGAACAAUGUUGGGGUGAUGGCUUGCCCACUUGGUUCAUAUUUGCUUAAUGUGAAAGUCACAGGCUAUCUUUAUGAUAAGGAGGCAGAGAAGCAACUGAAAGCUUUAGGGUUGGAGAGGAAGCCCGGGGAGGGAUUAAAUUGUACUGGAGGACAAUGCUACAAAUUGCCCUUCCUUAUAAUCACCGGUGCGACAAUUCUUGGUGUGUUUUUUUCCCUCAUUUUGGUGCUUAGGACUUGGAAGUUUUAUAACAGUGACAUCUAUAAGAAGUUCAAAGAUGAGUCGAUAGCGGUUGAAUCUGACGAGGUGGUGGCGACAAACCGGAAUGUUGGAUUAGUAUCGAAGCCGGAAACUGAGACUGGUGUAAGAAGUCCUAGAAACAACCCAGAUAUUCGAAGGUGAAAGGUGGUACAAGUUCUUAGUUAAACACAAAUAGGAAUGGUUUUAAAUUUUAGCUAAUUUCAUCUGUCAUUGUAAUAUUAUGUACAAUCUUUCUUGAACCAGAUUAUGAUAUCUCUAAUAAUUCAGGAACUUGAUAUUCCUGAACCAAAAUGGAAAUUGACACUA